AUUAAGGACACGUAGCGAAAUAGACGCGAAACUUUGGUGAACUGAAUUAACGCUAUGAAUUUUUCUUGUGCUGUUGAACACUUGUCAACCCUCGAAUGGAAAAAGCUCAUCGAUUCAAUCAUCAUACUCAAUCAGUAAGCUGAAUCGCGAGAGAGAAUUUUCAUCCUAGUGAGAUAUAGAUUCAGGGAGAUUCAUUGGAGCAGAGGAAAUUUGAGGAAAUGGAGAGAGACGGAGAGGGAGCGCCGGCGGCGGCGGCGUCGUCGUCUUCUCAGACCAUCAGACCUAGAAGGAGGGUGGACCCUUUGCUUGUAACUUGCAGGUUUUUCAGUGUUUUAACAGCUCUCACUGCUAUUCUCUGCAUUGUUUCCAAUGUUAUCUCUGCGAUUCGGUCCUUUAAGAACAAAUCCGACGUACUCACUCUGUUUCCAACUUCUUCCUUAAUUGUGAUCGCAUGCUUCGUGGUUCUUGCUGAGACGGAAUGGGAAUUUAUUCUCAAGAACUGGAAGGUAUUGGAAUACUGGGCUGGCCGGGGCAUGUUGCAAAUCUUUGUUGCAGUAAUGACAAGAGCUUUCCCGGUGUAUUCUGUAGAGCAGAGAGAGCUUAUUCUUCUUCAAGAUGCUGCAAGUUAUCUUCUCCUUGCCUGUGGCGCAGUCUAUGUUGUAUCGGGAAUUCUGUGCAUUGGGUUUCUUAAACGAGCUCGUGAAGAGAAAGAGACUGCAAAGGACAGGGUGGUCAAAGAUCUUCAGGAGUUAGAAAGACAAAAGCAAGAACUUGAACAGUUGCUCAUUUCAGAAACUGUUUGAAACAAUUUAAAGACAUCCCCUAUGCACCAGAAUAUAAUUGCACCUGAUUCUCGCUUCGCUGCUGGGAUUGUACGAGCAUUUGUGCUGCUUUGUUUUUUACUCUUCUAUAAUUGUCCCCUUAAUAGAGUUCUACUCAUGUAAAUUAUGUCUAACUUACCAAUUUGUCCCUGCAGUGAUCAUGUAAAUUCUGAUUGUCUUGACAAUUUGUCUCACUGUGCUAACAAAAGAAAUUGUUUAUUGAGACAAAAUUGGUUUUUUGCUCUCUAAAUUGAUGCUCUGCAAACUUCAGUGAUCAAA